GAGAACAUCUUUAUCGCGGUUUGCUAGCUUCCUACUUAGUAUUUAUAUAUUGUUUGGUGAGCACAAACAAACAGUUGUGUUCCAACUGUCGUGGAGAGAGCGCGUAAACAAUGUCUCGGCCAGUUUUAUCGACGCACGUAUUAGAUACGUCGACGGGAAAGCCGGCGUCGGCGGUCUUCGUCGAAUUGUUUAAAAAAAGGGAUAACACAUGGACGUCGUGGCACAACUCUAUGACAAACAGUGACGGGAGGAUACAAUUCCCAUUCACGAGAGAUUCGAUGCCAGAGGGAACGUACAAACUGUUGUUUAAAGUCGGGGAUUAUUACAAAAUGCAUGAUAAGGAGACGCUGUACCCAUACGUAGAGAUUGCUUUCAACACCAAAGAUGGCGAGCACUACCACAUCCCCCUACUGCUGACUCCCUAUGGAUACUCAACCUACAGGGGCAGUUAAGAAUAGAGGCUAGCGACACCAUACCCGACAGAAUGUUUUGAUUUUUUAUGAAGGCACUGUUUUAUUUGAA